AUGUUCGAUUUCAAAAUCUUCACGUUCAGUUUUGCUCAAAGUAAGUAUCUUGAGAACAUUCGCGAAAAGACAUUAACCGAAGUGAGUACUAGUGACAUAGAGCUUCUCCGACGAAAUUCACAGCCUUUCCGGCGAGCUACACCAUGCUCACUCACAGUCGACCUUCAGGCAAACUCUUUCACACCAAAGCUCCAAAGUUACUUGAUGAUGAUGCCUGGAAGAAACAAGCGCAAAGAAAGAUCCUGGCCGGAACCGCAAACGCAACCACAGUCAGAGAUUCCUUCUUCUUCGUCUUCUUUGGCAGCUGAUAACAUGUCUCCUCCGUCGACGAUAGCUUACGUAUUACCGCCAGGUUUUAAGUUUAUGCCAAACGAUAAAGAAGUCAUCAAUUGUUACUUGAAACCUUACUCGGACGGCAACACCAACGUAUUGCUCAAUGUUCCUAUUCAUCGCGUCAAUAUCUACGAGUCGAAUCCACAGACACUUUCAGGCAGAAACGUGGCGACACUGACGGAGGAUAUUGGCACGCAAAAGUGGCUGCCCAAAAGAUUUAAAGCUGGAGAUGGUGUCGUUGGCAACAAAAGGCCACUUGCAUACUACGUUGGGAAACCAUCAGAAGGCGUCAAAACUGAUUGGUUAAUGCAAGAAUACUCUCUUGAUCACUCUUCUCACAACACGACAAGGUAA